AAAUAGAGUGUUGGUGUAUCAAUCAAUGAAUGAUAUCUAAAAAAAGAGAGCAAGAUAUCUAAAAAAGAGAGCAAGAAAAUAGUCAAGUAACUACCUUUUCUUCAUCUUGUUCUUAGAUCCAACAAAAGACUGUAUAAUCAAAUGGCGAAAAAAGCUGUGUUGAUUGGGAUCAACUAUCCUGGAACAAAAGCAGAGUUACGAGGAUGUGUCAACGAUGUCUGGAGGAUGCACAAAUGCUUGAUCCAACGAUACGGAUUUUCCGAAGACGACAUCACCGUUUUGAUCGACACCGAUUCGUCCUACACGGAGCCGACAGGAAAGAACAUACGUCGUGUGCUGUCCAAGUUGAUCCGAUCCGCCGAGGAAGGAGAUGUGCUGUUCGUUCAUUAUAGUGGACAUGGCACACGUCUUCCUGCUGAAACUGGAGAGGAUGAUGAUACUGGUUUUGAUGAAUGUAUCGUUCCUUCUGAUAUGAAUCUCAUCACUGAUGAUGAUUUCAAGGAAUUUGUGAAUGGGAUUCCUAGAGGAUGUAGGCUGACAAUUGUAUCUGAUUCUUGCCAUAGUGGUGGCUUAAUUGAAGAAGCUAAAGAGCAGAUAGGAGAGAGCACAAAAGGAGAAGGAGAAGAGGAAAAAUCUGGAUCUGGAUCUGGCUUUGGAUUCUCAAGCUUUCUGCAUAGGAAAGUUGAGGAUGCCAUUGAGUCCAGGGGAUUUCACGUCCCUUCGGGAUUGCGCCGUCAUGCACACAGGGAUCAAGAAGAUGCAGAAGCUGAAGAUGGGGACAGCCAACUCCCACAUGGGGAAUAUGGUUAUGUAAAGAAUAAGUCUCUGCCACUCUCAACCCUCAUUGAGAUACUCAAGCAGAAAACUGGAAAAGAUGAUAUAGAUGUUGGAAAACUGAGACCUACCCUUUUUGAUGUUUUUGGGGAAGAUGCUAGCCCUAAAGUGAAGAAGUUUAUGAAGGUUAUCCUGAACAAACUCCAACAAGGAGGUGGUGAAGGUGAACAUGGUGGGAUACUGGGAAUGGUGGGUAGUCUUGCCCAACAGUUUCUCAAGCAAAAGCUGGAUGAGAAUGAUGAGGGAUAUGCAAAACCUGCCAUGGAGACAGAAGUGGGAAGUAAACAUGAAGUGUAUGCUGGAUCAUCAAAGCGCGGUAUGCCGAGCGGUGGGAUUCUGAUGAGCGGCUGUCAGACAGACCAGACUUCAGCAGAUGCUUGUCCUGCCGGAAAUGCAGCUAAUGCUUAUGGAGCUUUCAGUAAUGCAAUACAAGCUAUAAUUGAGGAGACUGAUGGUUCAGUUACAUAUUCAGAGCUUGUUCACAAGGCUAGACAGAAGCUACAGAAGGCCGGUUUCACUCAAAAGCCUGGACUCUACUGCAGUGAUCACCAUGUUGAUGAACCAUUCGUGUGCUGAUAAGUUCUGAUGCAGACGAAGAGAAUAAUGAGUGUUCCCCUCCUGUGGAUGCAAAAUUUGCAUUGUAUUUAUUUUUUUCAAACUUGGCGAGUGAGAUGCAGUUGAACAAUUGCAAUUGGUGUGUUUCUGUAUGAUACAGUUGUAUUACUGUGUUUGGAUAAUCAGUAUUUGCUCUAAA